CGUGCAUGCGUAUGUAAGGAGUUGGUGGCCCAGUACAUGAUAGGAUGGCCAGGGGGCCCUGGAUUGAAAUUCUCACUUGAAGACCACCAGGACAACUUACAGAGCUUACCGGACAUCAGGGAAAUUUUUAACCCGUGGCCACAGGGACAAAGUCCUCCUAUUUUCUCUUUUACUUUUUCUCACUCACUCUCCCCUUCUCAUUUUCCCUCUGCCGGAGCGGUUGGAUUACCUGUUCAGGUGGAUGGAUCAAAACGCAACCUGACACAACAAAGCCCUCCAACCACACAAAGAUUGAGUAACGCUUCAAACUUUGACACCAUUUCUACCAUUUCACAAUGAGUGAUCAGGAUAAGGCGGUUUGUGGUGCAACAGGAGUCAGUCCCACCUCCCCUCCCCCUGACCUAUGCCAUGUCUGUGGACAACGACACCUACAGGAGGAGAACCACGAAUAUACUUACAAAGAGGAGGUGGAUGAUGACCUUAUGUGCCACAUCUGCCUUCAGCCUUUGAUCCUGCCCGUGGACACCCCCUGCGGACAUACCUAUUGCCAGGAGUGUCUGACAAACUUCCUGUUGGAGAGCGACUUCUGCCCGGUGGACCGCACUCCACUGAUGCUUCAGACCUGCCGGAAGUCCAGCCUGCUGGUGCACAAGCUGCUGGAUAAACUGAUGGUAUCCUGCCCCUUUACUGACCACUGCACUGAAGUGAUGCCGCGGGGAGAAAUGGAAGGACACAUCAGGAGCCGGUGUAAAGGAGCAUCACACUAUGGGCUCCCGCAGAGAGAAAGCGGCGCUCUCAGGAGGAAGACCUGCACAGACAGCACCUCAGAGCUCACUGUGGCAGCACUGCCCGGGGAGGGAUGCCCCUCCUCUGCUAUCGCCCUCCUAUCAGACGAGCCCGGCCUGGUUAACCCCGCCUAUGAGCCCAGUGUGGAAGAUAACAGCCAAUCUGGGAGCACCACCAGCCUGGCAGCACGCAGCGGUUCGAGGAAGAGUGAGUAUCGCAACUUUGACAGAACGUCAGUGCGUAGUCGCUCUUUUCGCCGCCUGAAUCGAGCCUUCAGUGUCCUGAGGAGAACCAAGAGUGGGACAGCCGUGGCCAAUGAGACCACAGAGGAGCUAGACAACCUCAGAAAUGCCAACAUACCACCUGAGGUAUUUGCAUUACCUCAGCUGCAUCAUCUAAUCCCUGAUGGUGAAGUCACCAGUAUAAAGAUCACAAGGGCAGAUCCUUGUGAACCACUAGCUAUUAGCACUGUUGGUGGCAAUGAGACACCUUUGGUUCGCAUCCUCAUUCAGGACAUCUACAGAGAGGGCAUCAUCGCUCGGGAUGGAAGACUGCUACCUGGAGAUAUGAUCCUCAAGGUGAAUGGUAUAGACAUCAGUAAUGUGCCUCACUGUUAUGCUGUGGCGUCUCUGAAGCAGCCCUGCACACUGCUGCGGUUGACCGUACUGCGAGAGCAGCACCACCGUUACCAUUUCCAUCAUCACUCUCCCACCGAGGCCUUCCCCACCCACACCCCCACCAUCCGGGAUGACAGCCUGCAUGUGGUCCUUGUUAAGAGGGCUCCAGAUGAACAGCUGGGCAUCAAGCUGGUGCGCAGGCCUGAUGAGCAUGGCAUUUUUAUCUUCCACCUGCUGGAGGGAGGGCUGGCCGCCCGUGACGGGAGGCUGAGAGUAGACGACCGCGUUCUGGCCAUCAAUGGCCACGACCUGAGAUAUUGUGCUCCCGAGCAUGCUGCGCUGCUUAUUCAGGCGAGCGAGGACCGCGUCCACUUCAUUGUGUCCCGCCAAACUCACAUCCCUACUCCAGACAUCCUACAGGAAGCGCCCUGGAACAUGGAAGGACCACCGCCCUACUCGCCUGUGGAUAUUGAGCACACUUUACUGGAUUCAUGCCAAAAGCCUGCAUGUUACGAGAAGACAGUGACUCUGCUGAAGGAGCCGCAUGAUUCUCUCGGCAUGACAGUUGCAGGUGGGAUGAGCAGCAGGGGAUGGGAUCUGCCCGUCUACGUCACCAACGUCGACCCAAAUGGAGUGGUGGGAAAAGAAGGCUCGAUCCGCAAAGGUGACAUCCUUCUAAACGUGAAUGGGGUUGACCUGACAGGUGUGACUCGGAGCGAGGCUGUGGCUAACCUGAAGAACACCUCAUCCCCGGUGGUCCUGCGGGUACUAGAAAUGAGACCCCCAAAUGAGAGCUCCCUGGACUGCAUGCCAUCCCUGCAUUCCCCCUGCGCUCUCUUGCCCUCUUCACCUGGAGACAUCAAACUUCCCCCCUCUAAUGAUGACUACUCGCCCUUCUGGGUGUCCUGGCUCCAGCUGCCCAGACAUCUAUACUGCUGUAAAGACAUUGUCCUCCGCAGGAGCACAUCUGGCAGUCUGGGUUUCAGUAUUGUGGGUGGACAAGAAGAAAUCAACUGUAACCAGUCUUUCUUCAUCCGCUCUAUCGUAGAGGGCACACCGGCCUACAACGAUGGCAGGAUACGUUGUGGAGACAUCCUGCUGGAGGUGAACGGGAAGAGCACUUGGGGAAUGACACACACGGCUCUGGUCCGCCUGCUCAAGGAGCUGAGGGGUCGGAUCACUCUCACCAUCGUUUCUUGGCCCGGCAGCCUGCUUUAGGACUACUCUGCAUGAGGGAGGGGCUUAUCACAUUGACCCUGUACUAGGGGGUGGAGCUUACACCACAGACCUUAUAAUGACAAAUAAAAUGGUGGAUUUUAGAAUCCGAGACAUCCUUGAAAGGCGGGGCUUAUGAUACAGACUGCCCCCCGGGAGCAGGAAAUGACACAUGGACCUCAUUCAGGUACUAGGAGCGCAGACUCUAAACUUAAAGGCGGAGCAAACGACUUGACUCUGCCCACCAAGAAGCACGUUUAUCACACUCUGAAACCAUGAGGCGCUUUCACAAUUGCCAUUUUGUUAAUUUGGCAAGGCAUAAAGAUGAUAUUUGUGCAUGAGAGGAACACGGUGUCAUUAUAAAUGGAAGGUGGAGAUUGUAAUCUGUAUUAAAGGACUUGGGAGGGUCUAAAAACACAAUUUCAGGACGCGUAACAGCCAAAAAAUGAGUUGGAAAUAGAUAUAUAAACAUUAUGGGCACUGUGCUAUAUGUAGCUAAGAUUGUGUGACUCUAAUGCUGUUUGUAGAGGACGUUGAGAUGCUGCACAUAAGAGGGGUUUUCUUCAAACGAGAGGUGAAAGAGAUACUGGGAUGUGUAGGGUUUGGGUGGGGGACACACAUUGCCAAUUCCAUUAGUUUUACAUGUUAGAAAACGCAUCGAAGUGGACGCACAUUCUUUACUAUAAACGUCGAUGUCUGAAAAAAUAAUGAAAAAGAUUCAAGCACUUGUACUAGUGACUAAUAUUACUUUUGGUUUAUUUUUCUCUCUGUUUCUACGGCUUUCAGAUUUCGGCUUCGUUUUGUUCAUUCUGACAGUGGUUCGUUCUCUCCAUCCACUGGCAUGGAGACACAUUUGCCAAGUAGUUCUAUGUUGGUACAUUUCAAAUGCUGUCACAUAUGAAAAUAAACUAUAGUGAGUUUAAAAAAAGAAUAGCAACCGAAAAAAGAAAAGCAAUGUUAAUAAUCUAUUUUAAAAAUGGAUAACUUAUAGUGCUUAUAAUUAUAACAUGAGAUUUUGGCGGCCUUGCUGACUUUUAUGUUUACUUUGGAGAAAAAAGGACAGAGUGGUGUGUGAAAGGCUUUCUGUGUGAAUGUGUAUGGGUGUGUGUGUGUCUAGGUAUCAUUGUGGGGUAAGGUGCGUGCUCUGGCAUCUCAUGCUUUGGCUUGUGCAGUAUAUUGUAUCUGUUGGUACCUUUGGUUCAAUGAUCAAUAAAGUCAUUCUUCAAGGAGA